ACCAAAUUUCUUCUAGUCUGUAUUAAGUGCGCGCUAAGUAACCAUGUGGGUGAAUUUAAGUAUUUUAUCCAUGGUGGCUGCCCUUAUCUUUGGACAAAAUACGCCACCACAAGUGACAAUAUCUCAAGGUACAAUUGUUGGUUCAGAAGCUGAUGAUGGAAAUUAUUUUGAGUUUCAUGGAAUUCCUUAUGCUGAUUCUACUUCUGGCAGCCAUAGAUUUAAGGCACCAUUACCACCUCCUUCAUUUCAAGAUACUUUCAUAGCCAAUAGAAAAAAUGUAAGAUGCGUGCGUGCUCUAGGCGUUGGUUACGAAGGAACAGAAGACUGUUUAGUCGCAGACGUCUAUACGCCAACGUUAGACAACGAUGCUUACCUACCAGUCAUGGUGUGGGUCAAAGGAAAAGAGUUCGAUAAGGUCUAUGAACAAGAAUUGACAUUCAAGAACUUUAUGGAUAACGGUGUCAUUGUAGUGUCACUUACUUUCCGUGAAUCCAUAUUAGGAUUCUUAUGCCUUGGUACUGAAACUGCUCCUGGUAAUGCUGGAUUAAAAGAUAUUAUCGCUGGAUUGCAAUGGGUGCAACAAAAUAUUAUUGAAUUUGGUGGCAACCCUCAAGAUGUAACAUUAUUUGGGCAUGGAAGUGGUGCUGCAGCUGUGGAUUUGAUAACUAUGUCUCCUACAGCUCAAGGACUAGUCCAUAAGGCUAUUUCUCAAAGUGGCAAUGCAUUUGCUCCAUGGGCUGUAACUCGUGAUAAUUUGGAAUAUGCAGUACAGGUUGCCGAAGCUCUUGGACAUACAGUUGAUGAUAUUGAAACCCUUUCUGAAGUUUUUACUAGAACAAGUGUCGCUGCUUUGAUGGCAGUCAUCAAUGAAUUAGACCUAACUGACAAUUCUCUAGCUUUUGCUCCCUGUAUAGAAAAAGAAAACUUAGACAAUGUAGUCCCAUUUCUAACAAAAUCUCCUUACACAAUUCUUUUGAAUAAUGAUUUCCUACAAAUCCCAUUUAUGACUGGAUUUGUUGACCAAGAGGGUACCAUUAGAGCAGAAGAAGCUUUGGAAUCUGAUUGGAUUAAAAAAAUGGAAACGGAUUUUAAAGAUUUUAUACAAGCCGAUUUGAAAUUUGAAAAUGAAGAACAAGAAAAUCAAAUUGCAAAUGAAAUUAGACAAUUUUACUUUGGACAGGGUUCGAACAUUGACAUUAGUGAAUAUCUAACUUAUCAUGGAGACACUAUGAUUUUAGUAUCUACUAUACGCGAGGCACGCCUUCGAUCGACUGCGACCAAUGCCCCGAUAUAUUUAUAUCAGUUUUCUUAUAAAGGAGAACUAGGAAAGCCAUUUGUCGGACCUAUCCCACUCGAUUCAGCAACUCACAGUGAAGAAUUGGCAUAUAUGUUUUACGAAUCACCAGAUGAAACAGUUCCAGUUAGAGACCUUACUGUUGGUGAAAUUCUUGUAGAAAGAUGGACAAAUUUCGCUAAAUCUGGAGUACCAACAACGCAGAUUUCUCUAGUAGAAUGGAAACCAUUUACUGUCCAGGACCCGAAUUACUUACGCAUCCUUGACAAUGAUGAAGUAAGUAAUGAAGUUAAUGCUAAUUUGGAGGUUAGCUUAGCAAAUCCUCACCAAAAUACUGUGAAUUUCUGGAAUGGCAUUUACGAAGAACAUUUCCUGGACGCAGAAGGAAAGUGGACUUUGGACAAUAGAAACGAUGAUGACGACGAAGGAUCUGGUGGUGAAGAUGAUGGCGACGGGGAUGGAAAUGGAGAUGGCGACGGGGAUGGAAAUGGCGACGGGGAUGGAAAUGGCGACGGGGAUGGAAAUGGCGACGGGGAUGGAAAUGGAGAUGGUGAACCAGACUCAGCAUCGACUGCAGUCGGGUAUACUUUCCUUAUUAUAUCACUAUUCAGCAUUUUAAGCAACAUUCACUCAACACAAAUUCUUUCGUAAAAAGAAUUUUGUAGGUAAGAGUUGAUAGUUGUAAUUCAAUACACGCUUGUAUCGAUUUCAUGUUGAAAUCAAUUACAUAGACUUGUUAAAUUUAUAGGUGUAGUAAAUAUGUGAUUGCGUCGGAGUGUAAAUGCAUGUUAUUAGAACUGAAUUUGCAAAUUCAUUACAUUCGUUUUUCUAUCAAUAAAAAAUAAGAUCAA